AAAUACUAAAUAAAAAAUACUUGAACCACAGUGCCAACUGCUCUCAUCUUUUAUUUGUUAUUACUAAGUUUGUUUAUAUAUAUGCCAUCUCUUUCAGUUUCAUUCCAUUACACUAUCUUCAACUUAUAAGCUUCUGUUUCCGCUUUCUUAGUUUUGAAGCUUCAUGGGAUUUUGUCCCAUUUCCCAGAUGGUUUCAAGAGUUGUGGAGAUGUUAUGUGUACGGCAUAAAACAAAGGUGAAAGGCGUUGAUGAUGGCAAGAAGAAGAAGAUCAAAGGGACUGUCGUUUUGAUGAAAAAGAAUGUGUUGGACUUCAAUGACAUGACGGCUUCAGCUAUCGAUCGGGUUUGCGAGCUGCUGGGCAAAGGCGUUUCUAUUCAGCUUAUCAGUGCAGAUCAUGCAGACCCAGCUAAUGAGGGUCGAGGAAAGCUCGGAAAGGUGGCAUACGUGGAGAACUGGAUUUCAUCAAAAGCUUCAUUAACUGCAAAAGAAACUGAGUUUACAAUUACAUUUGACUGGGAUGAGAAUAUGGGUUGUCCUGGAGCUUUCAUCAUCAGAAAUCAUCACCAUAGCCAGUUUUACCUCAAGACACUCACUUUAAAAGAUGUUCCUGGUCAUGAUUCGGUACAUUUUGUCUGCAAUUCCUGGGUCUACCCAACGCAUCGUUACAAGUAUGAUCGUGUAUUUUUUUCAAACAAGACAUACCUUCCAUGUGAAACACCAGAGCCAUUACGCAAAUUUAGAGAAGAAGAACUCAUAAAUCUCAGAGGAAAUGGGGAAGGUGAGCUUAAAGAAUGGGACAGAGUAUAUGAUUAUGAUUACUACAAUGAUUUGGGGAGUCCAGAUGACGGUCCAGCAUACGCCCGCCCUGUUCUUGGCGGAUCACAAGCGUAUCCAUAUCCCAGAAGAGGAAGAACUGGAAGGAAACGGACAAAAGCUGAUCCCAAUAGUGAGAAAAGACUGCCACUUCUGAGUCUAAAUAUUUAUGUUCCAAGAGAUGAACGGUUUAGCCACCUUAAGUUUUCAGAUUUUCUUGCCUACGCUCUGAAGUCGCUGUUUCAAGUACUGCAUCCAGAGAUUGCAUCCUUAUGCGACAAAACCAUAAAUGAAUUCGACACUUUUGAUGAUGUAGACAAUCUAUAUAAAGGCAGUGUCAAACUACCAGAUGCUAAAACUGUUAGUAAGAUAAGGGAUCGUAUACCAUCGGCAAUGCUCAAGGAACUUUUUCGAAAUGAUGGUGAGAGAUUCAUGAAAUUCCCACUACCUGAUGUAAUCAAAGAUGAUAAGUCUGCUUGGAGGUCAGAUGAAGAAUUUGGAAGAGAAAUGCUAGCUGGAGUAAAUCCAAUUAUCAUCAGCCAUAUCCGGGAAUUCCCCCCAGCCAGCAACCUAGACCCUAAAGUAUAUGGGAACCAGAACAGUUCAAUAACAAGAGAUGACAUUCAAGGGAACAUGAAUGGGCUCACUGUAGAUGAAGCAAUAGAAAAAAAGAAGCUGUUCAUAUUAGAUCACCAUGAUGCAUUGAUGCCAUACCUGCAGAAAAUAAACUCCACUACCACAAAGACAUAUGCCAGCAGAACCCUGCUCUUGUUACAAGAUGACGGGACAUUGAAGCCAUUGGCAAUAGAGUUAAGCUUGCCACAUCCACAGGGGGACCACCAUGGCGCUGUUAACAAAGUUUUCACACCGGCAGAACAUGGCAUUGAGGGUACAAUAUGGCAACUAGCCAAAGCUUAUGCAGCAGUGAAUGAUUCUGGCUACCAUCAGCUCGUUAGCCACUGGUUAAACACCCAUGCAGUGAUAGAGCCAUUUGUGAUUGCAACUAAUAGGCAGUUGAGUGUGAUUCAUCCAAUAUAUAAGCUUUUACAUCCCCAUUACCGGGAUACAAUGAAUAUAAAUGCCUAUGCUCGACAGAUCCUUAUCAAUGCUGAUGGGGUGCUUGAAAGAACAGUCUUCCCAGCAAGAUAUGCACUGGAAAUGUCAUCUGGAAUAUACAAAAAUUGGGUCUUCACUGAGCAGGCACUCCCAGCUGAUCUGCUAAAGAGAGGAGUGGCGGAGCCAGACUCGAGCCAACCUCAUGGAGUUAGGCUUCUGAUUGAGGAUUACCCUUUUGCUGUUGAUGGGCUGGAAAUCUGGUCGGCAAUUGAAACUUGGGUCAGAGAAUACUGCUCUUUCUACUACCCCACAGACGAAUUGAUCCAAGGAGACAAUGAACUCCAAUCGUGGUGGCAUGAAGUCCGCAAUGUUGGGCAUGGCAACAGGAAAGAUGAACCAUGGUGGCCUGAGAUGCAGACACGAGAUGAGCUUGUGCAAUCUUGCACCAUUGUCAUAUGGGUGGCUUCUGCCCUCCAUGCAGCUGUAAAUUUUGGACAAUAUCCAUAUGCAGGCUAUCUCCCGAACAGACCAACUGUGAGUCGCCGCUUCAUGCCUGAACCAGGAACCCCUGAAUAUGCAGAGCUUGCGGAGCACCCUGACGUGGCCUUCCUGAAAACAAUCACAGCACAGCUUCAAACCCUCCUCGGAGUGUCCCUCAUAGAGAUUUUGUCACGCCAUUCAACUGAUGAGGUUUAUCUUGGGCAGAGAGAUACUCCUGGGUGGACUUCUGAUGAUGAGCCAUUAGCUGCAUUUGAAAGAUUUAGAGAAAGAUUGAUAAAAAUUGAAAAGAAAAUUAUAGAAAUGAACGAUGACAAAAGAUGGAAGAACAGAGUCGGGCCUGUCAAUUUGCCUUACACCUUGCUCUAUCCUAAUACUACAGAUUACUCCAGAGAAGGUGGGCUCACAGGAAAGGGCAUUCCCAACAGUAUCUCAAUCUAAAGUUUUAUAUCUGUAAAGAGGUUUUUUUGGGCAGCUUUGAAUUUGAUUGUUAGUAUGUUGUGUUUAACAAGCCAAAGAGUGCCAAUUAGCUUUCUCAUUUUUGUUUCCUUGAUCUUGUUCUGAAAGCAGAAUGUGUGUGCAGGUUCUCAAAGAUGUUAUGCAAGUAGCUAUGUACUGUAAAAA